GAGUCACGGUUCCUGUUACCAUCAGCUUGGUUCAAUGUGCUAUUCGCAAAAGGAGACCUGUUGUCAAGAAGGUGCAGGACACUGCAAAGUGGCAAGCUUUGCUGGCUGAGUUUUGGGCCAGGCACACCUAUGCUACGAGAUUUCUCUAUACCGUGUUGCCGGCUGAACUGUAUUGGGGCGAUGCAACACUCGACAGCUUGAACAAGGCCCUAGCCACCGACCUCACCGACCUCUUCACGACAGGAGUAACAGUUUCCACCAACAUGGGCGACAUCAAGCUGCACUUUGCAAUGCUGGGUGUCAAAGGCGAUUGGGUCUACUUGAGGAAGGAUUGGUUCGACAUGUCAGAAGAUGCGGCCUGGCGGACAUCCGAGGGCCCGACUCCUUUCAAAACCAAAGCAUCCCCGCUGCACGAUAUACCUGGGCUUUCAAGUCCUAGUCGUGCUUUGGUCGUCUCAGCGCACACGUGGCAUAUAGGGUGUCUCAGACGCAAGUACACAUGGGUCCUUGUGGUAUGCAUAUACGAUGCAUGCGCGGUUCAUCCUUGCGGAAAUGUUCGAGGUGUGGAAAAGACUUUGUGGUCUCAGGGCUCAUUGCUUUGUGCAAGAUGA